GAUCGAAGUCGAACUCACAGAAGCUGAGCACCAGGAGGGCUUCAUUCUUAAAGACCGUCCUCUGCUUAUAUACAGAUUUUCGCCAAAAAAAAAAGGAGAGGUAACGAUGAUGCUGUCUAAUCCUCUUCUCCAGCGGCUCGCAAGAUGGUGCCCGUGGGUGCUGAGAGACGAGCCGAAGCAACCCGUCAAAGUUCUCGUCACCGGCGCCGCAGGGCAGAUCGGGUAUGCCAUAGUCGCAAUGAUCGCGAGGGGCCUGAUGCUAGGGCCCGACCAGCCGGUGAUCCUCCACAUGCUCGAUCUCCCGCGUGCCGCGGAAGCCCUCGACGGCGUCAGGAUGGAGCUGAUCGACGCCGCGCUGCCUCUGCUCAGAGGGGUCUUGGCGACGAGCGACGAGGCCGAGGCGUUCCAAGGCGUGAGCGUGGCCGUCUUGAUCGGCGGGUGGCCGAGGAAAGAAGGGAUGGAGAGGAAAGACCUGAUCGCCAAGAACGUCUCGAUCUACAAAUCCCAGGCCUCUGCUCUGCAGCAGCAUGCUGCCCCAAAUUGCAAGGUUGUGCUGGUGGCUAACCCUGCGAACACAAACGCGCUCGUCCUCAAGGAGUUCGGUCCUUCGAUCCCCGCCAAGAACAUCACCUGCCUCACACGGCUCGACCACAACCGCGCCCUGGGCCAGGUCGCCGAGAAGCUCAACGUGCACGUCGGCGACGUCAAGAACGCCAUCAUAUGGGGGAACCACUCCUCGACCCAGUUCCCCGACGCCAGCCACGCCACUGCCAGGACUGACCUCGGCGAGAAACCGGUGAAGCAGCUCGUCGCCGACGAGAAAUGGCUGAAGGAGGAGUUCGUCAGCACCGUCCAGCAGCGCGGCGCGGCGGUGAUCAAGGCGCGGAAGCAGUCGAGCUCGCUGUCCGCCGCGAGCGCGGCCUGCGACCACGUGAGGGACUGGAUCCUUGGCACGCCAAAGGGUACGUGGGUGUCCAUGGGCGUCUACUCUGACGGCAGCUAUGGCGUCCCCGAGGGCCUCUUCUACUCCUUCCCGGUGACCUGCGAGAAGGGGGAAUGGUCUAUCGUGCAGGGUCUUCAGAUUGACGACUUUGCACGCUCCAAGAUGGAGGCAUCGGCGAACGAGCUCGAGGAAGAGAAGUCCAUUGCGAUGAAUAUUCUCUGAUCUGGAAUAAACCACUUGUUUCACUGGAACAAAGCUGUGCAUAGGAUGGAACUACGGCCUCACGCUGAAGUGGACCUUCAGUUAGACCUUGUCGCAUGACCCAGUCAAUAAAGGUUUCAUAUACGCGCAAA